AUGGCCUCCCUUUUCUCUGGCCGCGUCCUGAUCCGAAACAACAGCGACCAGGAUGAGCUGGACACAGAGGCUGAGCUCAGCCGUCGACUGGAAAACCGGCUGGUGCUGCUGUUCUUUGGUGCUGGGUCUUGCCCGGAGUGCCAGGCCUUUGCACCCAUCCUCCGGGACUUCUUCGUGCGGCUCACGGAUGAGUUCUACGUGCUGCGGGCAGCCCAGUUGGCCCUGGUGUACGUGUCCCAGGACCCGACGGAGGAGCAGCAAGACCUGUUCCUCAGGGACAUGCCCAAGAAGUGGCUCUUCUUGCCCUUCGAGGAUGACCUGAGGAGGGACCUCGGGCGCCAGUUCUCCGUGGAGCGCCUGCCGGCUGUCGUGGUGCUCAAACCCAGCGGGGAUGUGCUGACGCUCGACGCGGCCGACGAGAUCCGGCGCCUGGGCCCCGCCUGCUUCGCCAACUGGCAGGAGGCGGCUGAGGUGCUGGACCGCAGCUUCCUGCAGCCCGAGGACCUGGACGACCCCGCGCCGCGGAGCCUUACCGAGCCCCUGCGCCGCUGCAAGUACCGCGUAGACCCGGCUGCGCGGGGCGCACGAGGCCGGGGAAGAGCGGGCGGCUGCGGACAGGAGGGCGAGGCCGAGGGCGAGGCCGCGGGACUGUUCUGA